AUGCAGUACACGAAACCUUUGCAAUCACUCAUGACCGCAAUGGUGCGGGUCGAACUCAUCGGUCUGGAUCACGAGAGCGUCUCCGUCAGCGGUAGCGGUAAUCGUCCUCAUCAGACAAAGCAAAUUUCCUUUCGAGCCUUUGAUUGCUCAUCGACUCUGCCUCCCGUAGAUAGAGUACACGGAUCCGACGGUCAUCAGCAAGCAUCGAUUCACGCUCUGGAAAGCGCCAACCAGGCCGUGCACGACAUAAUUCGGAACACCAGUGAUCGAGACGUGCUCGUGGCGAGUUUGGAUUCCCUAGUGGACUUUUUAAACCAAGCGAGCUGCCAACAAUCCUCCUCUUGUCUGUGGGACCAGCUCGCCGCAUCUAUUUCUCUUUCCUUCCAUCCCAGACGAAUACGCAACACUAUCCGUGACUAUCUUCAAGAGUUUUCGGCGUUGCGGACCCGAAUGAUCGACUCGGUGAUGGACUCAACGUACCCGGUACUCAUGGCAGAGCAGCGUUUUGCCGAGCUGGUCGGACAGGCCAUUCGUUUCCAGCUGCGCAUGCUUUUGAACGAGAAGCCGCCAAGACUAUCUCCUCAAGAUCUAGACUACGACCUCUGGUCCCAGCGCUAUUCCAAAGUCAACGACCUCAUUGUGAUGGAACUAUCGGAAGGACAAUCGAACGGAUCAGUGGAUGACGGGUGUAUAUCCGCCCUCGUCUCCAACGCGUUAUGUGUAUUGUACGAAUUCUUUGGACCAAACUUUUUGGAUCACUCCACCCCCACCCUUACCGUACCUACUGUCUUUUGUCAAUUGCCCUCGUCGAAUCAAGGUAUCACUCGCGAAAAGGGUCGCAGCUCAAACGGAUUGACAACCAACUUGACGGACGUUGUGCGGGACAUUGAGGAAGCCUGUAGCUUUUUGGCUGCUGCGCAAGCCACCGUUUUCCUCCGCGACCUGUGGACUGCCCCUGGUGUCGCUCGCGAAAUAUCACGUCGCGGAGGAUGGACCGAAACAGAAGACUACGCCACUAUGAGCUGGAAGUUCGAUUUAUGGAAACUGUGUCCCAAUGAUGCGCAUUUGGUAGUCUUAUCCAACCACACUGCAUUGUUCCAAAGGCUUGAGCAUCUCGCCACCCGCAUGAUGACCCCACAGCGAGACUGUCAAUCGGCCUUACAGGCGUUGGAGACGCGGUUUCGUUUGCGGACCAAACAGGCAUCCCUACUGUCCCGGUACCCCGAGAUUGGCGUCGCGGCCGAAACCUUACAGCAAGGUCUCGCCGUAGCCAACUUUCCAACCGUACGCAGUGCCAAUACGACCAUAUAA